AUGGCCGCGCCGCCGGGCCCCGCGCUGCUCUGGGCGCUGCUGCCGCCGCUGCUCGCCCUCGGCGCCGCGCAGCCGGGCUCCGCCGGGGCUCCGCCGGGGCUCAGCCUCCACCCGCCCUACUUCAACCUGGCGGCGGCCGCCCGCAUCUGGGCCACGGCCACCUGCGGGGAGGCGGCGGGCGGCGGCGGGCGGCCGCAGCUCUUCUGCAAGCUGGUAGGGGGCCCGGCCGCCGCCCCGCUGGGACGCGCCAUCCAGGGCCAGUUUUGUGAUUACUGCAAUGCUGCUGAUCCCAGCAAAGCUCACCCAAUAACCAAUGCCAUUGAUGGCACUGAGAGCUGGUGGCAAAGUCCCCCUCUUUCCAUGGGCUUGAAGUACAACGAAGUCAAUGUCACCUUAGAUCUGGGGCAGCUCUUCCAUGUUGCCUAUAUCCUUAUCAAGUUUGCAAAUUCUCCUCGUCCAGAUCUCUGGGUCUUGGAAAGGUCAGUGGACUUUGGAAAAACUUACACUCCCUGGCAGUAUUUUGCUUACUCGAGAGCAGAUUGCUUGGAGCGCUUUGGAAAAGAAGCAAAUCUUCCCGUGACGAGGGACAGUGAUGUCCUGUGCACCACUGAGUACUCUCGCAUUCUGCCUCUUGAAAAUGGAGAGAUUGUAGUAUCUUUGGUAAAUGGCCGCCCAGGAGCAAAAAACUUCACUUAUUCCCCUGGUCUUCAAGAAUUCACAAAGGCAACAAACAUCCUCCUCCGUUUUCUGAGAACUAAUACUCUGCUUGGACACUUGAUAUCCAAAGCUCAGCGGGACCCCACUGUAACUCGUAGAUAUUACUACAGUAUAAAGGACAUCAGUAUUGGUGGUCGAUGUGUUUGCCAUGGCCAUGCUGAAGUCUGUAAUCCAAAGAGUGCUGAAAACCAAUACCAGUUUCAGUGUGAAUGUCAGCAUAACACUUGUGGGGAAACCUGUGAUCACUGCUGCCCUGGGUAUAAUCAGAAACAGUGGCAACCUGCAACAGCUGGGAGCACAAACAUAUGUGAACCCUGCAAUUGCCAUGGACAUGCUACUGAUUGCUACUAUGAUGCUGACGUUGAAUGGCAUCGAGCAAGCUUAAACAUCCAUGGGCAUUAUGAAGGUGGAGGAGUCUGCAUUAACUGCCAGCAUAACACAGCUGGGAUUAACUGUGAGAAGUGUGCAAAAGGUUACUAUCGUCCUUAUGGUGUUCCUGUUAGAGCUCCCGAUGGUUGCAUACCCUGCAGUUGUAACUUGGAGCAUGCAGACGGCUGCGAGGAAGGGUCCGGCCGCUGCUUCUGUAAGCAGAAUUUCCAGGGAGACCACUGUGAACGCUGUGCUGAUGGAUUCUAUGGUUAUCCAUUUUGUGUCUAUACUCCAGUAUAUCCUUCUACUUCUUCAGUUCCAAGUGAUGCUGUGGCUGGUGACAUAAUAGAAGGAGGCUGCAGACCAGGGUAUUUUGGCCCCCAGUGUCUGUCGUGCCAGUGCCAUGGUGCAGGAGUGCUGGGCAGUGACUGUGAUAGAAGUACCGGGCAGUGCAGAUGUCGAACUGGAUUUGGGGGUUUUUCCUGUGAUACCUGUGCAGCUGGCUAUUUUCAGUACCCCUUCUGCCAGGUGUGUGAAUGUAACUUGAUGGGUACCCAGCCUGAAGUCUGUGAUUUUCUUGGGAGGUGUCUUUGCCGCUCAGGGGUGGCUGGACUUCAGUGUGACAGCUGCCAGCCUGGCCACCACUCAUUCCCUGCCUGUCAAGCAUGCAGUUGUGAUGGUGUUGGCUCAUUGGGGAAUACCUGUGGCCCUGGAGGGCAGUGUCCUUGCCGUAGUAACUAUGCUGGGCUGAGAUGUGACCAGUGUGCUCCAGGAUAUUACAGCUAUCCCAGCUGCUUGAGUAUCAACAGCGAGUGUGACCCUGCAGGUAGCAUUGGUUCUCACUUUGGAUAUUGUCAAUGUCUCCAGCAUGUUGAAGGUCCUACCUGCAGUAAAUGCAAACCCUUGUACUGGAACCUGGCCAAAGAAAACCCCGAGGGAUGUACAGAAUGUCAGUGUGAUGUGAGUGGAACACUAAGUGGAGUUGCAGAAUGUCAGCAGGAAAAUGGGCAAUGCUACUGCAAAUCUAAUGUUUGUGGAGAUUCCUGUGACACUUGUGAAGCUGGUUAUUAUGCUCUUGAAAAAAAGAAUUAUUUUGGCUGCCAAGGCUGCAGGUGUGAUGUUGGAGGAUCCCUCAGCCCAGCCUGCUCCCAGCCCUGGGGCAGCUGCCGGUGCAGGGCGAACGUCGUGGGCACCACCUGUCGCGAGCCUGAAAAAAACUAUUUUUUUCCUGAUCUGCACCACAUGAAGUUUGAGAUUGAAGACGGUACUACUGUCCAAGGAGAGAAAAUUCAGUUUGGCUAUGAUCCUCAGGAAUUUCCUAGCUUCAGUUGGAGAGGAUAUGCACAGAUGUCCUCUAUACAACCAGAGGUGGUUAUGCCUAUCACUGUGGCUUCCCCUAAGCUCUUCCACCUAGUCCUCCACUAUGUCAGCCUGGGCUCAAAAAGCUCUAAAGGGAAGAUCUCAGUUGCUGAGGGGAAACAUGUUGGCACUAAUUAUACUUGGGCUGCCCAGAGCAAAGAGUUUGUCUUCCCGCCCAGCAAGGAGCCAGCUUUUAUCACAAUCCCAGGAAAAAGCUCCACAGAGCCUUUCUCACUGGCUCCAGGCAUGUGGACUGUCAGUAUAAUGGCAAAGGAUGUCCUCUUGGACUAUCUGGUGCUGUUACCUAGUGAUUACUACGAGGCAUCCCUGUUGCAGAUCCGAGUUACGGAGCCUUGCACUCAUCCCAGGCCUGCUUCAGCAGAACACUGCUUGCUGUAUCAGCAUUUGGCCCUGGACAGAUUUUCCUGUGUCCUUGGUUCAGAGGCAGUGCAUUUCAGACAUGGGGGAGAAUCCAGAAGAGUACCUGUGCAACAGCCAACUCCCAAUCAGCCAGUGAUGGCCCACAUCAGUGGAAGAGAGGUCAAUUUAGAGAUGACCAUAAAUGUUCCUCAAGUGGGUCGCUAUGUUCUGGUUUUUGAAUAUGCCAAUGAAGAGGAUCAGAUAAACACUGCAGAGGUAACAGUGCAUAGCCCUGGACCUGUCACUGAAGGCAGAGUAAGAAUAUACAGUUGUAAAUACAGUUUCCUUUGUCGCAGCGUUGUAGUCGAUGACAGGAACCGCGUUGCAGCCUAUGACCUUCUAGCAGACACAAAGAUACGUCUGAAGGUGUCAUCAAGUAAUUUUCUUCUGCACAAGGUUUGCAUUAUAUCAGCUGAAGAAUUUUCUCCAGAAUACGUGGAUCCUAAAGUACAGUGCAUAGCUGCUUACAGGAGUAACAGUGAUGGAAGUGCAGCAUGCAUUCCCUCAGUUUUUGAGACUCCACCAGGAGCUUUGGUUUUGGAUGCAUUCAAAGACGGGAAGAUUUCCGAAGUACAGGAGAAUAUACUCCAUGAUUCAUUGAGUGCCACUUUACCUGCUGGUUCAGUUCAUGGAGUCACCUUGACACCUUUACAGAACCAGAUCACCUUGAGUGGCAGAGUGCCCCACUUGGGCAGAUAUGUAUUUGUGGUACAUUUUUAUCAGCCAGCACACCCAGCGUUCUCUGUGCAAGUCCAUGUGAAUGCAGGACAUGUGUGGUCAGGUACUUUUAAUGCUUCAUUCUGCCCUCAUACUUCUGGCUGUCGAGUUCAGGUGGUUGCAGCAAACCAAAUUGAGCUUGACAUUUCUGAAGCCAUGGUCUCUGUUACAGUGAUAAUACCGGAUGGAAGAACACUAGUUCUGGAAAAUAUCUUAGUUGUUCCGGCAGACACCUACAGUUACACAAUUCUUGACAAAAAGACAGUGGACAAGUCAUUUGAUUUUAUCAGCCAAUGUGGAGGAAACAGUUUUUAUAUUGACCCAGAACGAUCAUCGGCCUUCUGUAAGGACUCUGUGAGGUCACUGGUGGCUUUCUACAACAACGGAGCCCUGCCAUGUGAUUGCCACAGUGCAGGUGCCACCAGCCCUACGUGCAGCCCCCUGGGAGGGCAGUGUGCUUGCAGACCCAACGUCGUUGGUCGCCAGUGCAGCCGAUGCCAAACUGGCUACUAUGGAUUCCCGUUUUGCAAGUUAUGCAACUGUGGGCAGCGUCUUUGUGAUGACGUGACUGGUAAAUGCAUUUGCCCUCCACGAACUGUGAAGCCAAAAUGUGAGGUGUGUGAGAAAUAUUACUUCAGCUAUCAUCCCCUUGCUGGCUGCAAGAGCUGCAACUGCUCAGAAAAAGGAAUUGUUGAUGUGGCAAGCCCAGAAUGUGAUAUAACCAGUGGGCAAUGCAAAUGCAAACCAGGAAUAAAAGGGCGUCGGUGUGAUCAGUGUGCUCCUGGAACUUAUGGUUUCCCUAACUGUGUGCCAUGUAGAUGUAAUAGAGAUGGAACAGAGCCAGAUGUUUGCGAUCCCCAGACAGGAAUUUGUCUUUGCAAGGAGAAUGUUGAAGGUGCAGCAUGUGACACUUGCAGGCCAGGAUCCUUUUAUCUGAACCCUUCUAACCCCAGGGGAUGCACACCUUGCUUUUGUUUUGGGGCAACCAGCAGCUGUCGCAGCACAGAUCGUCGUAGAACCAAGUUUGUGGAUAUGAGGAACUGGCGCUUGGAGGCAGUAGAUGAACGUAUGGACAUUCCAGUCACUUUCAAUCCAGUCAGUAACAGUGUGGUGGCUGAUGUUCAAGAAUUGCCAGCUUCUGUGCUUAAUUUGUACUGGAAAGCACCACCAUCCUACCUGGGAGAGAAGCUUUCUUCAUAUGGUGGCUUCCUAAGUUACCAAGUGAAAUCUUUUGGCUUACCUAGUGAGGGCAUGGUUCUUCUGGAUAAGAAACCUGAUAUACGACUAACAGGCCAACAAAUGGAAGUUGUUUAUAUGGAUCCCAGCAACCCGCUGCCUGAUCGUCAAUAUUAUGGCCGAGUGCAGCUGGUUGAGGGUAGCUUCAGGCACGCCAGCAGCGGCCAGCUGGUGUCCCGAGAAGAGCUGCUGACCAUCCUGUCCAGGCUGGAUGGCUUGCACAUCCGGGCGCUGUACUUCACGGAGAGCCAGCGCCUGGCGCUCGGGGAGGUCGGGCUGGAGGAAGCCAGCAGCGAGGGCAGCGGCAGCGUCGCGCUCAGCGUGGAGACGUGUGCCUGCCCACCAGGCUACGCCGGUGACUCGUGCCAGGAGUGUGGCAUUGGAUUUUAUCGUGAGAAUCAAGGAAUAUUUGCUGGACGCUGUGUGCCCUGCAACUGCAAUGGAAAUUCAAAUAGAUGUCAAGAUGGUACUGGAAAAUGUAUUGACUGUCAGUACAAUACUGCUGGGGAGAAAUGUGAACACUGUAAAGAUGGUUAUUUUGGAGAUGCCACUCAAGGUUCCUGCCGGGAAUGCCCUUGCCCAUAUACAAACAGAUUUGCAGUUGGCUGUGUGGCAAAUGGUGAAGAAAUCCAGUGUCUCUGCAAAGAAGGCUACACUGGAGCUCGUUGUGAACGCUGUGCUCCUGGAUAUUUUGGAAAUCCACAAAAAUAUGAAGGCUUCUGUCAGAAAUGUAACUGUAAUAAUAAUGGACAGCUGGCUAGCUGUGACCACCUGACUGGAGAAUGUUUCAAUAAUGAACCAAAAGAUGUGGAUCCCAAUGAAGAUUGUGACGCCUGCGACAGCUGUGUGAUUACACUGCUGAAGGAUUUGAGCACCAUGGGUGACGAGCUUCAGCUCAUCAAGUCUCAGCUGCAGAAUGUCCAUGCAAGUACCCACACUCUGGAGCAGAUGAGAGACCUGGAAACACGCAUCAAGGACUUAAAGGUCUUAUUGAACAAUUACCGUUCUGUUGUUCAUAAUCAAGGUUCAAAGGUAGAUGAGUUGGAGACAGAAUUCAUUAAUCUAAAUCGUGAUGUAAAUGCUCUCCAGGAAAAGGCUGAAAUGAACUACAAAGAAGCUGAGAGAUUAUUUAACAAUUUUGGCCAAACUCAUCAGAAAGGAAAGGAUUUGGUUUCACAAAUACAAGUAGUGGUCAACCAUAUACGAGUGCUCUUGGAACAGGUAGCUGGCACAAGCACAGAAGGGAACAACCUGCCCCUGGGAGAUGCCUCUGAAGAGCUGGCCGAAGCCCAGCGCAUGAUGGCCGAGAUGCGGAGCCGCAACUUUGGCCAGCUUCAGGCUGAGGCAGAGCAGGAGCGCACGGAAGCUCAGCGGUUACUGGCACGUAUUAAGAAUGAACUACAGAAGUACCACCAAGAGAAUCGUGGGCUUAUUAAAGUUGUGAGGGAUGCACUGAAUGAAUAUGAAUCCAAAAUCACUGACCUUCGUGAAGCUCUGAAUGACGCGACAGCUCAAAUCAAGCAGGCUGAAGGCUUAAACAGAGACAACACAGUUCUGUUAGAAGACAUUAAGAAACGGAUUGAGGACACAAAUGUGCAACAGAAUGGUGUCCUGGAUAUUCUGAGCUCAGCCCGGUCUUCCCUGACACAAGCUAAGAGUGUACUUGGAUUAUUGCAAGAGAGCAAAGAGGAAUAUGAAAGCCUGGCUGCUCAGCUGGAUGGAGCAAGGAAGGACAUGAAUGAAAAAGUGGCAAAUCUCUCAUCAGCAAGCAAAGAACCACUGGUGGUGAGGGCCGAGGAACACGCCAAAUCUUUGCAAGAUUUGGCAAAACAACUGGAAGAAAUGAAGAACAGUGCCAGGAAGGACGAGUUGGUAGGCUGUGCCGUGGAAGCUUCUACUGCCUAUGACAAUAUUAUUGGUGCCAUCAAGGCAGCAGAGGAGGCAGCCAACCAAGCUGGCAAAGCCGCUGACUCAGCUUUAUCAACUGUGAAGAGAGAAGACCUAUCAGGAAAAGCUGCAAGGUUAAAAACUGAGAGCAGUGCACUCAUGGAUCAAGCACAGGAGACUAAAAGGACAUUGCAAGCUAUUGGUCCUAACCUCGAAGACCUAAAGCAAAGACUUGAUGUCGCUGAUGGAAAGACAAAUGCACUGAAAAUUGAUCUUGUCACUGCUCAAAACAAUCUCAAUGGGAUAAACAGAGGUGACAUCGACAGCAUCAUCACCAGUGCAAGGAACAUGGCAGAAGAUGCCAACUCUGUCACCAAUAGUGUGUUGGGUGAACUGGUCCCAAUUGAAGCAGAAGUGGAAAGAAUUAAGAGUAACUAUGGAAGCACACAGAGUGCCAGCUUCAAUAAAGCACUGAUGGAGGCAAACAAUUCAGUAAAAAAUUUGACAAACCAACUUCCAGAUCUUUUCAGCAAGAUCAAGAGUAUCAACCAACAGCUGAUGCCAAUCAGCAACAUCUCUGAGAAUAUAAAUCGCAUCAGAGAGCUGAUUCAGCAGGCAAGAGAUGCUGCAAAUAAGGUUGCCAUUCCCAUGAGGUUCAAUGGCAGCUCUGGGGUAGAGGUUCGACCUCCGAGCAACAUCGAAGAUCUGAAGGGCUAUACUUCACUUUCCUUGUUUAUCCAAAGACCUCAGCAAAGAUCAGUCACCCAGCAGAGGGCAAAUAGAUUUGUCCUGUACCUGGGUAAUAAAAAUGCUUCCAAGGACUACAUCGGUAUGGCUGUGAAAGAUGGUUACCUUACUUGUGUCUAUAACCUGGGAGGUGGUGAUGGAGAAGUGAGAGUGCAGUCAUUGAUGACUCAAAGCAACCCUGAGGAAGCUGUUAUGGAUCAAGUCACAUUUGAAAGGAUUUACCAGUAUGCAAAGCUGAAAUACAUCAAAGCAGCAACAUCAAUUUCUCCAGAUUAUGAAAGCCCUAGGAGUGCAAGCAGUGGAGACAGUGACAUGCUCCUCAAUCUUGAUCCCAGCAGUGUUGUCUUUUAUGUUGGAGGAUACCCACCAGAUUUUAGGCCUCCAGAUAAUCUCAACUACCCUCGUUAUGAAGGCUGCAUUGAAUUAAACAGCCUAAAUGAGCAUAUUAUCAGCCUUUACAACUUCAAGAGGACUUUUAAUCUCAACACCACUGAAGUGCAGCCCUGCAGAAGGUAUAAAGAGGAGACUGACCAAAGCUAUUUUGAGGGCACUGGUUAUGCCAGUGUCACAGUGGGAGAAAGAAGUGGCGAACGAGUUCGGUACGAGCAGACCAUUGAGACGACUGCAGAUGAAGGCAUCGUGUUCUUUGCAGCAAAUGGGGAUCAGUUCAUCAGUGUGCUCAUUAGAAAUGGCCAUACAGUUUUUAGAUACAAACUUGACUCUGAAACUCCAGAAGAAGUAGAAGCCAGAAAAACUGUAAAUGAUGGAACAUACCAACAAAUUAAUUUGGUGCUUGACCGAAGAAACAAAGUUGUGUAUGUCAGUCCUGGUAUUAGAGCCAACAUACAAGUCUUCAAUUUCACUGAGUACUACCUAGGUGGAGUUCCAUCUUUUCUACGGGAACGCUUUAAUAUAUCCACACCUCCAUUCCGGGGCUGCAUGAAGAAUGUGAAAAACCCAAGCACUGCAUCUGUUGUUUUUGAUAAGACUUUUGGUGUCAGCAAGAAAUGUUCAGAUGACUGGAAGCUUGUCAGAUCUGCAGCUUUCUCCAAGGAUGGAACACUGAGCCUGAGUGCAGCAGAUUUCCCAUUUCCAAACAAUUUCCAAGUUGGCUUUGGCUUUCAGACAACAGCUUCUACUGGAACACUCUUAAAUUACAAUCUACGGCCUGACGUUCUUUCCAUCUUUCUGAGUCCUGGCUCUGUUACUGCAAAGAUACGAGAUAAGGAAAUUAAACUGGAAAAGAAAUAUGAAGAUGGGUCAAUGCAUUAUGUGACAGUAAUGAAAACAGGCAACAGAGUACAUCUGAUGGUUGAUGAUGAGUCAAAAGCAGUUGACUCUCCCAGGUCAUCAAACUCACAGGAAUCAAACAGACCUAUAAAAUUUGGUGGAGAUUUUGAAGGUUGCAUCUCAAACAUCUUUAUUGAAAGGGUAGGUCAGCUCCCUGAAGUUCAAAAUCUUGUUGCUAAUACUGGGAAGACUGGUGUAUCCCUUGGAGCUUGCCAGGAAUAUGAAAACCUUGAACCAAUGCUGCUGCAGGAAUUUAAAAAUCCUCUCAGGCUUAAGAUGCUCAAGAAUGAAAAAUACCUUGAUUAUUUGAAAGCUGCUAACGUGCAAAACCACUCUAUACCAGCUCCAUUACAUGACAGCAGUGAAGCAUAUCUCCUUGGAAGCAUCCCAAACAGUUUCAUAUCCUACAUGUUUUCUCCAUUGUUAUCUACAGACAGGUUACAUUUCUCUGUAGAUGUACGGACUCGAUCAUCAAGAGGAUUAAUAGUUUUCAUGGAGGAAAGCUCUGAGGACUCUUACAUGGCUCUCCACAUUUCAAAAGGACGUUUUGUCUUUUCACUUGGCUCUGGAGAAAAACAAAUCAAAGUCAGAACCAGUAUUAAAUACAAUGAUGGGCAAUGGCACACUGUGGUCUUCAGCACAGAUGGAAAGAACGCCCGUCUUGUCAUUGAUGGUCUAAGGGCCCAGCACAGAAAAUUGGCAACCAAUUCUGCCAUCAACAUUAAGCCACCAGUCUACGUGGGAGGGCUGCCACCACUGAAGAGACAGAAUAUGCCAAUGAAGAGUUUCAAGGGCUGCCUGAGGAAUUUUAAGAUGAAUGGAAAAGCCAUGAAUGCACCUAAACAAAAACAUGGCGUACUUCCAUGUCUGGAUGUUCCCAUAGACACAGGGAUUUACUUCUUUAAUGAAGGAGGAUAUAUCACCAUUGGUAAUUUGCUGAUGGGUUUGGAUUUCAGGAUUGCCUUUACCAUUCGACCAAGGAGUUCCACAGCUGUACUCCUCCAUGCUGGAAGCAAGCAAGACAACUACUUGACUGUUUACAUGAAGGGAGGAAAGGUGAUUGCUGCUGGAAAUAGUGAUGCUGGAGAAUUCCAGGCAUCAGUCACACCUAAGAAACCUCUGUCUGAUGGGCAGUGGCAUACUAUUGCAGUCUCUCAGAAGGAGAACGCCGUGCAGCUAGAGGUGGGCACACAAAGUAACUAUACCACUGUACUUCAACCAUCUCCUCCUAGACGUGUGUAUCAGCCACUCUACUUUGGCAAAAUUCCAGCAGAUUUGGACACCCCAUGGCUUCCAGUUGAAGACCCAUAUUUUGGGUGUCUUCAGAAUAUGACCAUCAAUGACAAACAUGUUUCCACCAGGAGGAUUUCAGAGGUUCAUGGUGCAGUGAAUUUGCAAGGGUGCCCAGAGAAGUAACUCUGUUGUUACAGCUGUCGUGCACACAUCGGGCUGUGUGGAUUCCCCUUUGCUGACCAGCAUCAGGCUGCUUCUUCCGAACAGCCGGUGAGCAAAUGCAUCCUCUGGAUGUGGACUGUGCCAAAGCAAACAAAAAGUAUUUGCUUUGACAAACUCCCUUUUAAAUGUCAUUGAUUUCUGAGGUAAUCUGUUGUGCCUUUGGAGAUAUAUGCAGAAAAUGUAAUUGCAUAUAUCCUACUGGGUCAAAUUCUGCUCUCAUCCACAACAGCAGAGACUUGAGCAACUCCAGUGUCCUAAUUUUCCCUAAUGUUGGCCGUCUUGAGAGCAAAUUUGAUCCAUUAAUAUAAAGAAUUUUAUUAAAAUAUAAAUCUCUUUGGAUUGUUGCUUAUACAGAAAUGUACAUUGAUGUUCAAAGUAAUAAUAAUAAUAUAAAUGGAGUUUGAAGCACUUUAAGGAGUGAAACUCUGGGGGUUUGUUACAAAGUUAGGAAUUGUGGGACCAAAUAAAUGCAAUAUGUUCCUAAAACCUUUCAUUUUCCUGUUUGGUUGUUUUAACCUGGUGGGUUUUUAAUGUACUUUUUAGAAACUGCUAAAUCCUGCUUGCUUUGUGCAAAUAUUUUUGUAGGUUUAAGAUGCUGAUUUGCCUGAAUAACCAGGAAUCCAUCAUUUCUCCAUCUCUGCUCAUCACAAUUUGAUUAUCUAAAAAUUUCAAAAAGAGGGUCAUUUUUUUGCAAUAUUCAGAGACAGAGAGUCUCUUCCAUAGGCAAUUUUUUGCCUAAUGAAAUGAAGAAAAGUUUUAUCAAGAGUAACAGCUGCAUUUGCUACAAUUAUGUAGCACAAAUUACAGGACUAACCCAGAAAAAUUGUUUUCUUCAACAUUCAGAUAUUUUGUUUUGUACCUAAUUGUGACUCACAGUGGAGGGCAGGGAACCCACUUUGCUCUACUCUUCUGAGAAGAGGGCUGGUAUAGACUUGACAUGGCUUCUUUUUCCUCUAUCAUUCAGAAUCAGCGUGUUCAGAAGGAAAUGGGUUUUUUUAAUUCCCAACCCCUGAUGCCAACCCUCUUUUGUAAAAUGAAAAAAUAAAAAAAAAAGAAUGCCUUUUCUAAGGCUGGUCUUCGAUGUAGGAAGGCAUGCAGACAAAUUCUCUUUCACUCCUAAUGCUCCUACUUUCCACUGCCUUCUUCUCAAUGUACAGCAGGAUGUCUUUGGUGUGUCUGAAAUGUGGUGCAAGCUGGACUAAUAGAAGCAGAUGCCAGAUCAAUAGCCCUUAUGACUUUGGUCAUUAAUCCCUUUGCAGCUUUGCAGGGUAGCAAAAGUGUCAGAAAGCUGUUCACACCAAAUCUUGUGUUGCUUUCUCUUUUAUGGCAACUCUUUCACUGGCAAAUCUGUGUCCAUGCAGAGGUUUCUGAAGUGUAAAGCCGAUUUUGUUGGGAAUGGGAUGCAUGCCAGGGCUGAGGGCUCAGAGGGAGCAAAGGCUUGACAUGGCAGACCCCUCUCCCUAUAUUAGACAUAUUCUCCUGUACAGCAACCUGCCACAUGAGACAGCAGCACCCAUCAGGCUGGAGGUGAUGAGUUCAGAAAUAAUCUCUUGUGAUAGCAACAACUGAAUCCUUUCUAUUUAUAAAAGCUCAAAUACUUAUUUGACCAAAACUGUGAAAAUACUCAAUUCAUUUACUGGCGUAAUUGACACUAAAAGUUUCCAGAAGGAGAAAGGAGGAACAAUUGCAUUUUAUCAUGCAAUUCUCUAAUAACCUUCCCUAUCUCAUGCUCAUCAGACGGCUCUGUGAGGUAGAUUUUCCCAAACCACAAAAAAAAGCCUUUUCAUUCUUCUCUUACUGCCCUCAGUAAAACAAAGACAAAAGCCAUGGCAAAAAUUUUUGCAUCACAACCUGGAGCUAGUCCUGGAUUUCAAUUCCCCUCCAUUUGAUUUGAUUUUAUCAGAAGUAGUUUUAAUGCUGACAAAAAGGAAUGAAAAAUGUAUAAAGACUUGAGUAAAUAUAAGAUAUAUCGAUCAGUAAGUAUUAAUUCCAAUACAAUACUACUUUUGCACAACAAAAAAAUAGAAAAGUCUCCUUGGUUUUAAGGUUCUUUGUGGUUUGGGUUUUUUUUCUCCCCACAAUUUUUUGAGUUGCAUUGCUUCCACAGAGUCAGACAGUCAGUCAUUGUUGGGACAAUGAAUAAAAGCCAACUAGAGUUUCAGGUUCUGUACUUUCACAUAGGUAAAUCUACAUCAGGCUGAGGAACACUUAAUAAAAACCGUUUUCAUAGAAUAUUUUGAGUUGGAAGGAACCCUCAAGGAUCAUCAAGUCCAGUGGAUGAUCUUAACCUGAGGAAAGAAGUUGUUCUGUUUCAAUCAAUGAAGAAUUUUUAUUAUUGAAGAAACCCAUGUGGACACUGUGUUAUGGGUUUUUUUAAUUGUUAGAAGUAGUAGUUCCAAGACUUUCAUCAUCAGUGUUGCCAUUUGACAAUAACUUGAAUGAGUUGCCUCUUUUGGCUGUAGCAUUUCAGGUGUGCCCCCAAAACUAGCAAUUCCCAUGUUAGAAUAAAAUAGUCACACAGGAGAGGCUUUCCCUAUAACAUUUUAUUCUAUAGUCAUUUUACUAAUCAAAUACCAUGUUCAGUACACUGAGAGCACAUGGCUAAAAAGCACACGCUCUUUAACAGCGUGUUAGAGUUCUUCUGAAUCCCAAAUCAAUUACAGGAGAGCAGAUUUCCACUCUACACUAAACCACAUUGGUAUUGUUAGCAUCAAAUCCCUCUCUUGUCCAUAUAAGUAUCAAGGGCAAAGGGUUCUCAUCCAGUUAAUUUGGAUUAGAUUUAAUAGGAUCAUGUUAUCUGAGGUGGAUGACACCAAGGUCUGUGAGUUUUCAUUUAUUAGAACUACAAACCACAGCUAGAUUAUUGGCAGCUGAAAGACAGAAAGCCUAACACUGAGAACUGAGAGCAAAUAAAAUGAAAUAGAUCACAGGGCACUGUAGAAGGAAAUACACAUUCGUUGUAGAAAAAAAAGCAAGUAUAUAUAUAAAAAAAGGAAAACAUACUGCCUUUUCACUGCUUAUAAAUGACUGUAACUUCAGCUUCUAAUAACAAAAGCUUCCAACUAAAACUUUUAACAUUCUUUCUGUACCUGAGCUAACGUUUUGUGCUUUUGUUUCUGUGGAACUUUCAUUUAAAACACAGAGCCGUUGACCUUUCACACUGUCACCAGAAACAUGAAUUUUGCAAGCUAACUUUCUGUGGUUUUGUAACCACUUCUUUGAGUCACCUGUAAGCCAAUUCGUUUUAGCUUUCCAUCCUCUUUCCUCUUCAUAAGUCCUGCAUGGGUAUUUUUCAUAUAAGGUAUUUUUUUAUUAUGUGGGGUAUUUUCUCCCUUCUCCUUCCUUUCUGCCCUUCAUAAAAUAGCCUUGAAAAUGCAGUCAGUGAAAACACUAUAAAUGUGUUAUGGUUUUGUAAUGGACUCUUCCCAUGCUUUUUGCCUAUCAUCAUUCUCUUUGUGGUUUCCUCAUUUAAAAAAACCAAAAACCUCCUGCAUCUUACUCUAAUGAUAUAAGGAAAUUUAGGGCACAACCUUCUGUAAAUCUGUCUGCAUUUUCUAAAAAUACAUUAAAUGGACAUCCCUGGCAAAAGGGAUGUUAAAGGGGAUGGUGCUAUAAUACAGUAUUAUAGCUUCACUGGAGACAUUAAGGCUGCAAGGCAGAAACAUAAACAUCCUUUGUGCAGCUGGCCCAGACAUCUUAAAAUUGCAAGAGACUGGUCAUUGCCUGAGCUGCAAUGAAGCACCCUCUGAGUAUAAAGAAUUGCAAGCAAAAUAACCAAUGAGUUUUUAUGUUCUGUCAGUUUAGGGGAUCCUCUGUAGCAAUAAAACCAAACUGUGACCUGUU